AUGUCUUCUAGUGGUUCUAGUGCCUCUGCUUCGUGCAAUGUUAGUGGUAGUAGUAAUUCAUCUGAGUCUAAUAAGGACCCCUACCCUUUGUGGAAGUUUGUUGUUAAGGGUGAUAAAAUAUCGGGUGGUGGAGGAAAUUAUAAUUGGAAAUGUAACUUUUGUGGUGAAGUUAAAAAUGGUUCAUACACUAGAGUGAAAGCUCAUUUGCUAUGUGAAACAGGGAAAGGGAUUCAAACUUGUAAUAAAGUGAAUAUUGAUGACCUUGCUAAACUAAGAAAACUUCAUCGUGAAUCUGAGGAUUUUAAAAAAUCUUUGUUACCAAAAGUUCCACCUUUUUCAAAUGAACCCAUAUCUUCUCACACAUCAACUGAAGCUACAUCAGUUAGACUAGGUUCAUCUGAUAAUGUUAAGAAGAGGAAAUCAAACAAUACAAUUUCUAAUGCUUUUAAUAUGAAAUCUCGUGACCAGUUGGAUUCUGAAAUUGCUAGGAUGUUUUACACAAGGGGGUUGCCUUUUAAUCUUGCUAGAAACCCUUACUAUGUUAGUUCAUAUACCAUUGCUGCCAAUUCUAAUCUCUCUGGUUAUAAGCCUCCUAGAUACAACAAACUUAGAACAACUUUGCUUUGUAAAGAGAAAGAAAACGUGGAUAGGUUAUUGCAACCUAUUAAAGCCACAUGGAAAACAAAGGGUGUUAGCAUUGUUAGUGAUGGGUGGAGUGAUCCACAAAGAAGGCCUUUGAUUAACAUUAUGAUUGCUUCCGAAACGGGUCCUAUGUUUAUGAAAGCUAUUGAUUGCUCGGGUGAGAUUAAGGACAAAGAUUUCAUUGCUACCUUAUUAAGUGAGGUGAUUGAUGAAAUUGGAGAUCAAAAUGUUGUUCAAAUAAUCACAGAUAAUGCAAGUAAUUGUAAGGCUGCAGGGGAAUUGGUUGAGGGUAGGUAUCCUCAUAUAUAUUGGACACCAUGUGUUGUUCAUACACUUAAUCUUGCAAUGAAAAGCAUUUGUGCAGCUAAGAAUGUGUUGAAUAAUGUUGAAGUGUAUGAUGAAUGUCAUUGGAUAACGGAAGUUCAUGCAGAUGCCUUGUUCAUUAAAAAUUACAUAAUGAAUCAUUCAAUGAGGCUUUCAAUGUUCAAUAAGUUUUCUCCAUUAAAACUACUUUGCAUUGCCGAUACUCGUUUUGCUUCUAUUGUGUGCAUGCUUAAAAGGUUGAAACUCCUUAAAACAUCACUUCAAUCAAUGGUUAUUAGUGAGAAUUGGUCCUUAUACAAGGAUGAUCGACGCGGGCAAGCCUCACAUGUAAGGGAAAAGAUUUUGGAUGAAAUAUGGUGGGACAAAGUUGAUUACAUUCUUGACUUCACACGCCCAAUCUAUGAUAUGAUCAGGGUUUGUGACACCGACAAAUCUUCAUUGCAUUUGGUUUAUGAAAGAUGGGAUAUUAUGGUUCAAGGGGUGAAAGAUGCCAUCUACAAGAAAGAGGGUAAACAAGAUUAUGAACAAUCUACCUUCUUUAAUGUAGUUAAAGGGAUUCUUAGUAGUCGUUGGAGUAAGGGUAGUACUCCACUCCAUUCAUUAGCACAUUCUUUGAAUCCAAGAUUUUACACGGAAGAAUGGCUUAAUGAGGUCCCAGGACGAGUUGCUCCAAGUGCCGACAAUGAAAUUUCCACACAAAGAUUACAAUGUUUUUCGAAGGCUUUUCCAAAGUCCCGAUGA